AUGAGGCCUUUGGAACCCUUUGUCAAGCAAUGUCGUAUCACUUACGAGGUGGAUGGCGAUGGUCGCAAGAAGCCAGCAGCGUGCCGAACUGGCUGUGCGUCUGCGCGCGACGAUAUCUCCAGGCCUCUGGCGCGUUGCUUGACGCUGCUGGAUGACAGUAGCGCAUCAGCUAUGCGCAUAAGUCGAGAAAUCACGGACCUGACAGAUGCCCUGGCCGUCGUCGAGGAGCGCGCGACACUCUCAGCGCACCUGUAA